AUGUUCCCGACCCGUCGCCUCUUCAACUCUAGCCAGCCGCAGCACCUGGCGACUGAUGUGGACCCGACCAAGCUCUCGUCAUACAAGAACAUCCAACAGGCGUCGUCGCAGGUGAACCGCAUGGCUCGCCGCGACCCCGGCCUCUACCCGUUGGCGUUCAUCAUGGUCGCCGUCGCCACCGUGACCGGCUACUUCCUAAUGUCCAAGACGACCGAGCCCGAGGAGGGCCGUCGCAUGCUUGCCCGCGGCAUGGUCAACCCGUGGGACGACGUCAACAAGCAGGAGCUGGGCGCUGGCCAGGUCGCUGCUUUCAAGUACCGUUACCGGACUCGUGAUGGACACAUGGAGGACGGUUACCCGACCAUCAACGUCGAUGUCCGCAAGGUCAAGGGCGACACCGAGCACAAGUACCACACCGGUUAA